AUGCCAGAAGAGUGGCAGCUUUCAAAGGCCACUUUCUGAAACUUGACGUAUCUACAACAGGAAUCUUGAAAGAAAACUGUUGAUCUUUUGGCCACCUUGAAAUUGUCAACGCACACCUCUGAUUAUUAAAUUUAACAAGUAUUCUAAGAAAAUCAAGCUUAUACAACAGCAAUUUCAGUUUCAUCGCGUAUAAGAUCUUGAACUUGGGUCCCCCUUGAGAACAAACCAACAUGUAGAAUGGGUUUCUUAAUGAAAUCUAGAGUUCCCAUUCCCAAUUCUCCGUUUGCGAAUUUGAGAAGGAUAUAACAGGUUUCUUGCACCUCAUUUGGUGCCAUUCUGUCUCUAAAAAUAUCACUUCAUUAAGGUUAAAAUAGUUCCUAUUAUUUAUUUUUAGCAGACGUCUCAUUGUUACAAACUGUCUAAUAAAUUAAGAAUUAGACAUUUUCAGUUUUUCAAAAUAAAAAAAAAUUGAGUUAUAAAAGAAAAGUGUAGGUAUUAAUCAUGGGAAAGAGAAAGAAAAUUUUUGACGAGGAAAAUGGAACUCAUCUUAGCAGAUAUGUUAAAAGGAGAUUGGCCAAAAAGAAUUCAAAUGUAGACACGGGGGAGAUGCAGGAUAAUGAAGAAAUAAUGAAGUCUUUGGAACUUACGACAGAAUUAGGAUUGUACAGUCUAAAUGGUGGUCCCUCCAACCUUUUAACAACCAUUGAUGAAGUAGAAAAUGUAGACAACAAUUUUGAAAUCACGUCAACUGAUGAGGAAAUAAUAGAGAUAAAUGAAUCUACGGAGGAUGAACACUGUAGCUAUUAUUGUGAAUCUACAUCAUCACAAACUGAAACAGAAACUGAGGAUGAACUUUACAUCCACCGUGAAAACUUUUGCCAACCAUCACAAUACUUGCCUCUUUUCAACUUGGGGUUUUAUUUCAAGAAUAACCUUUCUAAGAAGGCUUUUCAUCAAAGUUUGAAAUUGACGCAAAUUGCUACCCAAGACAGCCAAAAGCAACUACAAAAUCCUGAAUCGUGUUUAAAUGAGUACUCCCACUUGGCAGUCAAUAUUCAAAAACAAUUCAUUUGCCUUCAGAAAGAGUGCAGUCAGAUUCUUGUAAUUGACUCUAAAGGUAUCCCUACAGCUAGACAACCAUGUGGCCAUAAAUUAUCUAAAGAAGACAAGACGUGUUUCAUGCUGAAACUACCAAUCAAACAGCAGUUGCUGCAUUAUCUACAAGAAGGGGACAUGCUAGAUAAUAAAGAUUUUGUGUCGGCAACUAUACCAAAUGAAGGGAUUCGAAAAGACGUCAGUUCUGGUGAUUGCUGUCGUACCCUAGUAAAGAAUCGACAUAUCACCAAUAGAACAAUGACUGGGAUCUUAAAUAUUGAUGGUGCUGACUUCUUUAAGUCCAGUAAAUUUGGCUUUUGGCCAUGUAUGGCAGUUAUAAACGAAGUACCGUAUAAAAAACGACGAUCGAAUAUGGUGUUGAUGGCAUUGUGGUACGGAAACAAGAAACCUCCUCGCGAUUCUUUCCUAGAAUUUGCACUUCAAGAUUUACAAUCUCUGGAAUCCGAUCCGAUUGAAUUUAAAGGAAUUACAGUCCCCUCCAUAAGCGAUAGAGGUUGCAAACCCUAA